CCGGAAGAUGCUCAAAAAGGAAGUCGACCACGCUGGAUAGGCAACAGCCACUGUGAACGCUACGUAUUGUGUAACCAUGUCGGACGAGGAGGGAUUUGUCGCAAGGAUCAGGGGAUUGCCGUGGUCAUGCUCUGUGGACGAAGUGUCCAGAUUUUUUGCAGAUUGCAAAGUUGCUAACAGUGGCACAAGUGUCCAUUUCACCUACACUCGAGAAGGCAGGCCGAGUGGAGAGGCUUUUGUGGAAUUUGAGUCAGAGGAAGACGUAAAGAAGGCACUCAAAAAAGACAGAGAAACCAUGGGCCAUAGAUAUGUGGAAAUAUUUAAGUCCAACAGUGUGGAGAUGGAUUGGGUUCUUAAGCACACUGGUCCAAACUGCCCAGAGACAGAGGGAGAUGGGCUGGUGCGUCUGCGUGGCCUGCCUUUUGGUUGUAGCAAGGAGGAGAUUGUACAGUUCUUUUCAGGGUUGGAAAUCGUGCCAAAUGGGAUAACAUUGCCGGUGGACUACAUGUGGAGGAGUACGGGGGAGGCCUUCGUGCAGUUUGCUUCACAGGAUAUAGCUGAAAAGGCUCUAAAGAAACACAAGGAAAGAAUAGGGCACAGGUACAUUGAAAUCUUCAAGAGCAGCCGUGCUGAGGUGAGGACGCACUAUGAACCCGCCCGCAAAGGCAUGGGUGUGCAGAGACCAGGCCCGUACGAUAGGCCCAGCGGAGGGGCCGGGCGUGGUUACAACAGCAUGAGCCGUGGGGGGUCCUUCGACAGGACACGCCGAGGGGGCUAUGGCGGAGGAGUGUCGGAUGCUCCAUACCGCGAUGGUGGAAACAACUUUCAGAGCACGACUGGCCACUGUGUGCACAUGAGAGGGCUUCCGUACCGUGCCUCGGAGAAUGACAUCUACAGUUUCUUCUCCCCUCUUAACCCGGUCCGUGUGCACGUGGAGGUUGGUCCAGACGGGCGGGUGACCGGAGAGGCUGAUGUGGAGUUUGCCACCCACGAGGAUGCUGUGGCUGCCAUGUCCAAAGACAAGGCCAACAUGCAGCAUCGCUAUAUCGAGCUGUUCCUCAACUCGACAGCUGGGGGCAAUAAUGGAGGCUAUGGGGGUCACGUGGUAGGAGGAAUGGGUAAUGACUCCUCAUAUGGGCCUGGGGGUCAGCAAAUGGGAGGUGGUUACAAUGGAGGGUAUAAUAACCAGUCCAGCAUGGGGGGAUACAAUAAUUACAGUAACCAGAACAACAGUUACUACGGCAGCAGCCGGGGCUCAAUGGGCAUGAAUGGCGGCAUGAGCAUGGGAGCGGGGUGGGGCAUGUGAGAGCAACCAAGUGGUGCUCCAAACACAGCUGGGGCUGAAAGGACAUGUUUUGUUCAGAAUGCCAAGAUAUUGGGGCCCAAGAGUUUGUUGUGUGUGUGUGUGGAGCGUAGGAGUCCUUUCUCCUCUGUGCACCUCUGUUGCCUGACACUGCAGUCAGUUUCUGUGGCCUGAAUUUGGCCAAACAGCUGAGUACAGUGGUGUGCUUCUGGCAUAUGAGCUUCUGCCUUGUAGACAUGCAGUCCAGAAACCAAGUUUAUUGUUGUAAAUAUUACAAAUGCUGAGUACAUUGGCUGUAGAAUGCGGUUCUUUUAAUAAGUACUUUAAUGUUUUGAGUAUGGAUUUUUAUGUGUAAUUUUUAAAAACUUUAAUGGAAUUUUUUUCAUCUAAUUUGAUACAAAAGGGUUAGAUAUUUUAAAUGUAUAAUUAUUAGUUAGACCAUUUCUUCCCAUGAUCUGUUACUGGUUUCUCUAGUACAUGUGGUUAAUAAACAUAUGAUUAUACUGUG